CAGAAAUUUACUUAGUUCAGGGAUAUGUGUAAUGUUAUGUACAGCCAUGGCAAUGAAACGAAAUAUUAUAUAGACUUGCCUUUUUUAUUUUCAUUUUAACAUAUAGAUAAAUUGAAUACAGACCAAAGAAAACCUGUUAGAUUUACCCCGCAGCUGAAUUAUAUUUUAUGUUUAACCACUGAAGAGACAUCAGAGCCAGCGGCACAUAUCAGAAGAUCUAUCCGAGAUGAGGCUGCUCUCUGCGGAUACAUGAGGACUGAGCUCCCGCUGAUCGAGUGGAGCUUACCAUCUCUGAGAUCGGCGAAACACAUUUUUAAAUAGGCACUGUCUUUAUAAAUAAACCACAGAUUUGAGUUUUAAACAACUACAUUCUCGCCUGAAAUACUUUUAAAAUUACAUUUCAUGACACAAUAAGAGUAAUAUUUUGAAAAUGUUGAUUCGAAUAAAUGGUGGUUGAACUCAACCAAUGCUGCGUGAACUCAACCAAUCAGCAUGUUUAGCGCCAAAGUCCCGCCCCCGAAAGUUCCGGAACUCUGAAAAAGUACCACCUCGCCAGCAGGGACUUUCUGAGGGGCAUUUUUUUACCCGGAACUUUAUUUAGUUCCUGGUUCCUGCGGUGGAAACACACCAAGUACCAGGCCAAAGUCCCUAGUUCCUGGGUAAAGUUCCUGCGGUGGAAACGCGGCUUUACAGUGCAUUCAGGCGCAAUGCUCUACCAAAUAAGCUACCGGAAGACUAUGAUGAACAUACAGGGGUCAAGGAACUCGACCGGAAGUUGAAGUCGGGUGGGGGCUGCCAUCUUUUAGGAGAACUUCACUUGCGUUAGCAUUCCCAUUGACUCCCAUUCAUUUUGGCGUCACUUUGACAGUGAAUAACUUUACAUCUGAGGCGUUUAAAGACUCAGUUUGUCCAUUAAUUAUUUCUAAAGAUACACGACAAUGUAUAAAGGGCUCCAUUACCUUCUAUGUUACAUUAUGGCCCCGUAGAAACAGUUUUUGUAAAAAUAGGCUAACGAUUGCGUCAUAACCACUCGUCUCUCUGUCGCACAGUAGAGAAAUUACCGUACAGACAGGAGGAGAAGCUUGCAGGCAAUUAACUUAAUAUGGCGUACUGGCGUUACAUUUUAAAAUACUAUACAAAAUAAUUAAUCCGAAUACUUACUCCUGCUCACUCAGGACAAAGAACUCCCUGCUCAGCGUCAUUUUUAUUUCAAAAUAAGUUAUUUUUGUUAAAUGGUAACACCAGUGACAACUCCGGGGACCUCUACUUUCAUUAUAUAUUUUAUAAUUAUUUGCCAUUUUAUUUUUUAUUUUUUUAAAUGUCAUUAACAUUAUAUAUUUGAUAAUUAUGAAUACAUUUUCGUAUUUGAAAUGGUAGAAAACCUGUUUUUGACCUCAACAUAAAGCAUUUUCCCCCUGUACAUGGCUGUGGGGACAAGCAGCUUUGUGGUGCUUGAAAUUAUUUUUAAAUAAUUAAAAACAAAUAUUGCCAAAUUGAUGGUUUAAGAAGGUGUAAUUGUUCAAACACAUUGUUUUAUUUUAAUAUAUAUAUAUAUAUAUAUAUAAAGUGUAAUAUUACUGUAUAGGGACAGAAAAAAAUUUAUUUCCCUAUUAUCAGCCUGCUAUUUUAACGGGUGUUAGGCCAUGUAUCCAGAAGAGAGAUAUAAACUGUAAAGCUACGAUUAAUAUAAUAUUUUUAGAGUUAUUUUAAUCACAUUCACGUGAUGUUAAGUAAAAAACAGUAUGAUUUAGAAGGUCUCUGCGUCACUAUGAUAACUAAUGGCUAACUGGCUGUAAUAAAAUGAGAGAGGAAACGACAGAUUAAUAUAUGGUGUUAGUCACAGCUUCAUGAGGAGGUGAAAACGUGAGAUAGUAGAAGACAGGUGAAAGGUUUACACUACUCGUGGUGGUAGCCGUAGUCAUAAUGCUAUGAUCUGGAGCAAAGUCCAUAGUCACAAAUGGAUAGAAACCUGUUAUAUAUUCACACACACACACACACACACGUACUACACAAGCAGUGUUGUAGGUUAGAGCGACACCUGGUCUUUCUACAGGUGAUCUGAUUGGUCCAUCAUGUGGGCUUGGGCAUUACUUCCCGUCACCCUGGCAGUGUUUGGGAUUAUUGGGAUGUGGGCUGUGUAUGCCAUAGCUGUGUCCAAUAACACUGUUAAUAUAACUGAAGAAUUCCCUUUCAUUAGCACAUGUGGCUCAUACAACCCCCAGAGCUGCCUGUUUUCUCAGAUCUGCAACAUAUGCUGUGUGUUGGCUUUGUGGAUUGUCACAAUCAGAUUUCAGCAGGUCCGCGAUUUGGGUUCUGGGUCUCAUUUAAACACGGCCGGUUUAGUGCUGGGCUACAUCUCUAGCAUUGGGAUUUCCAUUCUAGGAAACUUCCAGCAAUCUGUAUUGAUGGGGGUUCAUCUGUUUGGGGCGCUCGUGGCCUUCUUCCUGGGUUUGGUUUAUUUCUGGAUCCAGGCGUGGCUUUCGUACUACAGGCCGCUGUCACAUGACCCCAGGUGGGUGGUGCCAGUGCGCAUCAUCCUCUGCAGCCUGUGCACUUGUUUGGUCAUCUGCAUGUUAGUUCUCUUUAAAACAGGGUUUCGCUCUGAAGCUGCUAUAUGUGAGUGGGCUCUGGUCAUGUGUUUUUUUGCACUCUUUGCAAUUUUUGGAGCAGAUUUCAGACACAUUGACUGCCACAAGCUCACUGUGCAGAACAAGGAAAGGAGAAGCAGCAGUGAUGUUAAUGGUGUGUGGACAUUACAGGAGAUUCACUAAGGAACAUCUGGCAAGUUGUGGCUGUGUGGUAAUCAGACAGAUACGUACAAGUUAAACAAACUUGCCAUUUAAUGUGGACACAAUGAACUAUGACCUGCUCUACUCUGCUAAAUGCACUGAAACACAUUUUACAAUAUAAAUUAUAUGUUGUAGAAAUGCUAUGAUGAAUUCAUGAGCAUAUUGUUUACUUGACAUUUACAUGAUGUUAAAUUAUAGUUUAUCAUUAAAUAUGUUUUAUCAGUGUAGUUUUCCAGGAGACUAUUUCAGUGAACAAACAAUUAUACUUCAUCCUGGACCUCUUUGGUCUGUUUUGUAUUGUUAAAGACUUUGUUUGCGAAAUGUUGUAAAAUAUAUUAUGUAAUAAAUGUAAUUUCACUCUA